AUGUUGCUGCUAGCGGAAAAUGUUACUAAUCAAUGUAAAAUUAGUUUUAGAAAUUUUCAAGAUAAAAAUUUAAUUGUUAUUGAUACACCAGAAUUUUUAAAUAAUGAAGAAGAUAUUGGUCGAUCCAUUCAAAUAACUGUAUCGGGUGAUAGUUCAUAUGCACUUGUAUUAGUAAUUGAUUUAUAUCGUGCUUUUUCACAUGACGAAGAAAAGGUUAUAGACUUAAUAACAGAGAUGUAUGAUAGUAAAAUAUUUAAGUGUUUUAUUCUGGUUUUUACUGGUCUGGAUAAAUUUAAUACGGAAGAUGUUGAUAUUGAAGAACAUAUUGAAAAACAAAAAGAAAACGUAAUAAUGAAAGCAUUAACUGAACAAUGUGGACAUCGCUACUUGGUUGCUAACUACAAUGCUGGUUCCGAUGAAAAAGAUUUAUUUGUUAAGAAUCUAGUUGAUAUAAUGUCCAAAAUGUUAGCUCUAACAAACAUAGUCAUGGCAAACAAAUAUUCAGAUACGAUGAUUAAGAAAAAGUACUUUCAAAACUACAAAAGAAAUAGUUAA